AUGGAACGCAAGCCCAGACAAUCCUGGACAAGCCCGAACAGGGCAGACGCUCCCUUGCUUUCCCCUCAAAUCCAGGCCCAAAAUGGCAGGGACCAACCCCUCAUUGGGGCUGGGCCCCCACGAACGCCACGGCGUUCUCCCGCGGUCCAAUUGCGUCUUGUCACAGCUUCUCAUCCCGAAUCGAUCGCCAUGACCAGAACCUUGGACCCCUGUUGGAAUGCGGAAGCGAGAUCAAAGCGAGAUCACGCGCUCAGCCGGCUUGGAGUCGCUGCAAUCAAGGUGUUCGUCUCGAGCCAAGCUGCAAAGCAAGGCGGAAAGGGUUCAACCGACCGUUCAGCUGAGAGAAGGUGCGUCAGUCUUGCAGCCGAUUGUCUGGCUGUCUGGCUGUCUGCCUGCGGAACAAACACACAAUCGUCAAGUAACACAACCAUUGCCAUUGCCUAUUGGGCACGUCGUGUUGUGUUUCGUGUCAAAGCGGAGCUUGUGGGCAACCAGAUUCCAGCCGAUUUCCGCUGCCGUCAUUAUUUUCUCGGGUGCUGGACCCGAGACAAGGAUAUCGUUGUUACACGCCGUGUAACACCACUCGGCUCUCCGAACCACCAGUUAUCAUGGGCGACAGAGAUCGACAUGCAUGCCACAACAACCCGCUUUGCGGGCAGACGACUUGCCUCUCCCUCAACCUCUCCCUCAACUCACCCACGAACCCCUCCCGGCCGAAACACCCCCAUGUUUCUCUCCUCGCCGGUCAGCUCCGGUCCAGCAGCAGCCCCAUACAUUCCGCCGCCUCCGUCUGCAGCAUUUCAGCCGGACACGGUUCCUGAGGCCUGGAUAAACGGUAUUGACUAG